CAGGUAAGCAUCGGACUAACAUUGCUUUGCAUUCAAUCUAGCGUGUUGGCGAUGGGUUACGGAAUUGACUCUGCAGAAUGGCCAACUGGCAUCGAGGUCCCCUCGCCAGUGAAGCAACUGAUUGAACGUUUUUACCAGUUGCUUGACAAUUCCGACCCAGGAAUUGGAGAUCUCUUGGCCGACGAGAUCUUUGCAGACAAUGGAGUGGCAUAUUUCGGCGCUACCCCGUUUAGUGGCACCGAGGAAAUCCGAAAUUCGCGAGCCAACGCCUGGAAAGUAAUCUCGACGCGAAAGCACGAGGUGCUGAAGGUGUAUCUUUGCGACAAAAAUGCGAGCGACCUGCUGUUUACAGCCCGUGUUGCCAUGGGCCUCACGAAUGGGAGGAACGUCGAAGGGGAGUUUACGGGUCGUCUCGUCAUUGCCGAUCCCCAAACGGCGAGCCCUAAGCUUCUCCUUUACCAAGUCUGGGGUGAUACAUCGGCCCUUGUGAACGCACUUCGAGAAGGCUGAGUACUGCAUAGAGACGGAUUUCAGAAUUUUGGCUACAUCUGGUACUUGGAAGAGGAAUUGGAAGGCGAUAUUGGGAAAUUUAGCUGCAUAUUCAUGGCUACGGAGAGGAUCACUAUUGUUGAAAAUUGGACGUCCACGUUGUCACCAAUUCCUCUCAUCAUGAAUGAGUUGGUUAUCAAAAAAUAAACUUCUCAUGUUGCCAUCA